UCUGCUGCGUCGCCCUCGCUUUCCCCAAGCAAAGAUGGAAGUCGUCAAUCAGCUUGUGGCAGUUGGACAGUUCCGGAUCUUCAAGGAGCCCCUGGGUUUUGUAAAGUUGCUAGAAUGGUUCUUUUCCAUUUUUGCAUUUGCGACGUGUGGCAGCUACACUGGACAAUUCCGCCUCAGCGUCAAUUGUCCCAAGAAAAAUGAGAGCAAGCUCAAUAUAGAGGUGGAAUUCUCCUACCCCUUCCGGCUCCACCAGGUGUAUUUUGAUGCUCCCACCUGUAAAGGAGGAGAAGACAAGGUUUUCUUGAUUGGAGACUAUUCUUCCUCUGCUGAAUUCUUUGUCACCAUUGCAGUCUUCGCCUUCCUUUAUUCUCUAGCUGCGAUUGUUGUCUACAUCUUCAUGCAGGAUAAAUACAGGGAGAACAACAAAGGUCCCAUGGUUGAUUUCAUUGUCACAGCUGUUUUUGUGUUCAUGUGGUUGGUGAGCUCUUGCGCUUGGGCCAAGGGGCUUUCAGAUGUCAAGGAGGCCACUGACCCUGAUAAUGUGAUAGAAGGCAUGUCCGUGUGUGAGGAACCAGAGGUCAAAUGCAAGGAGGAAUACGAGCCCGUCACUUCUGGCCUCAACACUUCUGUGGUUUUUGGCUUCCUGAACUUGGUGCUUUGGGUUGGAAACCUAUGGUUCGUCUUUAAAGAGACUGGAUGGAGUGCCCCUUUCAUGAAGUACCCACCAGCCCAGGAGAAGCAGCCAGCACCUGAUACCUAUGGAGAUAGCUACAACCAAGCUCCAGGAUACGGACAACAGGACACAUAUGGGCAGCAGGGUGGAUACCAGCCUGACUACAGCCAGCAAGGCUAUGGUCAGCAGGGAGACUUCGCCCAGCAAGGUGGCUAUGUCCAAAGCGGGCCCACUUCCUUUGCAAACCAGAUGUAGGCGGGUUCCUACCCCCAAAUAGAAGGCGUUGUGAGAAGGAAGCAGCCAUCCCGUCCUGGCUCCCCAUGUCCCUUGUGCGUGGGAAGGGAGGGCUGGUGGGUGAUCAUACUGGGAGGUG